GCUUGCGUGUGGGAAAUGCCAGGUUACCAUUUGGAUGAAGUAGCUGCAACGUACUCCUGAUGUAAUGGCUUCUGUAUUGUCUUCGUUCUUCUCGCGUGAUCCUCGAUCACAGUUCCCUUACGAUAUCCCUCAGGGAGCUGGCACAUUUUUCAAUGGAUGUUACAUCGGUGACAGCUUCAAAAAGGCUGAACCGGAAGAGUUGGCUACCAUUUUCUGGUCAACUGGACAUGAUUCAACGCUCAAAUUACAAGGGCAGAAGUUGCGAACCAUGCGGCAUCCCGAUAUUCUUACUUAUCAGGAUAGUAUAGAGGUAGACAGCACUUUCUACCUAGUAACUGAGAAAUGCAUGCCUAUAUCGCACUACUUCAAGGAUAUAGAACUUACUGAGCAACAGAAAGAAUUUGUUGUGUCCUGGGGACUUUUCCGAGUUAUGAAUGCUUUGAAAUUCCUGCACGAGGCAAAUUUGAGCCAUGAAAACGUACGUAAAUCCAUCUAUGUUACGGCUGGUGGAGACUGGAAGUUAUCCGGCUUCGAUAGGGUCACUAAGUUCAGUUCGCCUCGCUCGGACUUGAACCAGUUGGCGAUUGUGCUUUGGGAGGUUUUCAACGGAUUCAGAGAAAGCGUAACCAAGCCAGAGGCCCCAGGGAUGAUCCCACAAAGGCUGCAUGACCUCUACAAAAAGAUGGCUACACCUAGCGCUGCGAAAACAUCUGUCGCUGAGCUUAUUCAAGAGGCUCGACAUAAAGGAGGCUACUUCAAGAAUAAGUUUGUGGAUACCUUAUUAUUUUUGGAGGAGUUCCAACUGAAAGAGUCUAGCGAAAAGCAACCUUUUUUCACACAUUUGCGUGAAAAUCUCGACAUAUUUCCGCCUGAUAUUGCCAAAUACAAAAUCCUGCCAAAGAUUAUACAGACAUAUGAAUAUGGCGAUGCCGGCCCAAAUAUUCUCAUUCCACUUUUCAAACUCGGGCGCUUGCUAGAUGAGAAUGAUUAUCAGCGAAGAGUUGUUCCGUGCUUGGUUAAGUUGUUUGGAAGUCCCGAUCGGACUACGCGAGUGAAGUUGUUAGAACGAAUAGACGAAUUUGCUCCUCAUCUAUCAGCCCAAGUAGUAAAUGAGAAGAUUUUCAGUAAUCUUGCUUCUGGUUUCCUUGACACAUCGCCAGCUGUACGAGAGAGUACAGUGAAGGCUAUGGUAUCUUUAGCUGAAAAGUUGAAUUUCAAUAACCUUAACGUGGAGCUUAUGAAAUAUUUAGCUAGGUUACAAGGGGGCGAUGAACACGGUGGUAUACGGACGAACACCACUAUAUGCUUAGGAAAAAUUGGCAGUUACCUUGACCCAUCCAAAAGGCAAAUGAUAUUGCUUAGCGCGUUUACUAGAGGAAUGAAGGAUCCUUUUCCGCCGGCUAGAAUGGCGGCAGUACUUGCUCUCUCAGCUACCCAACAGUUUUAUACUCUGGUCGAAAUUGCCAACAGGGUUUUGCCGGCAUUAGCACCGUUGACUUGUGACCCUGAGAAACAGGUUCGUGACCAGGCUUUCAAAGCCAUCAAAGGUUUCAUGGAGAAUCUAGAGAAAGCAAGCGAACAUCCGGAGCUCAUUCCAGAAAUUGAAGCUCAAGUUAAGGCUGGAGGACGGUCCAUAUUAAACAGUGAUAAGGUCCCACAAUGGGCCAGCUGGGCAUUGAAAUCGCUUUCUGGAAAGUUCUACAAAGGUACUCCACCUCCUGAAGUUCGACCAGCUGCCAGUAAUGCAGAUCAUAGCGAACAUGCCAACGCAACAGCUCCUGCUGUAGCUGACGGCGCUACUGCUUCUCAGUCCAAAGAACCGAGCCAUCCUACACCUACGUCAGAUUUCGACGGUUGGGGUGAUCUGUCCGAAUUAGAAUCUGGCUCAGCCGACGAGUGGGCGGACGCUUUGGAACCUUCAGCAGCUUCAAAACCUGUCGAAGAUGACUGGAACAUAGGAUGGGAAGCUCCAAAGCUACCUGCACCUCCCAAAGCAGGCGCAACUGUCACACCCAAAAAGCUCAAUCUUGGUGAGAAGAAGUCGUCGGGUGUGUUAAAACUAACGCAUACAAAACCGAAGACAAAUCCUUCAAAUGAUAUUGACUCUUUGCUGGGCAUAACGACUACGUCGUCAUCACCACACUUGGACACACUGUCGCCAACUUCGACCGCUAAAACAUCACCAAAAUCCGAUUGGGAUGCAUUCGGCAACGAUGACUUCCUCAGCGGACACUGGGGCGCCGACACCAUGUCAUCGCUUGCCAAGCCAGCAUCCACGUCUAGCUUGGGAACCCCAAAGGGUAAAGGUAACCGUCGAGCUGAUAUGGCUGCAAGGAAUGAGGCACGGCGUAAAGAAAUGGCUGAAAGAAAAGCUCAACGAUCGAAUGUGAUCGCUAAACCACAGAAUGCGUCAACCACAUCGAAGGCAUUGGAAGGUUUUGAAGACUGGUAAAUGGCAUUUAUUUCCGUGUUCUGCAAAUUUGGUCCGUCUUUGGAAGGAUGCUUCUUUAUUUCUUACCCCCACUGUAGGCUUUUCUCGGGGUUACAAACAUUUUUUUUUUGCCAAAUAUAAGCUUUCUUUUUUAUUGCAUCAUUCAUUCGUACACCGGUUUCUACGCUUCCGGACAUCCUCUGCUGUUGAUAUUUUUGUAAAGAGAGACAACUUAUCUGAUAGCUGCGAUUGAGGUGUAAAUCUGAGAUUCCGUAACACUAAAAAAUUUGCUAUACGUUGUUUAAGUUAUUGUGUCUUAUACGCUUAUCACUUGUCUGUGAUAAUAAUCUAUGCAUGAAAUGUGGGCUUGGUUGGCUUGGUAUUAACGAUUUCGAUCAUGUUUGCAGAGAU